AUGCCUUCCCCCUCUUCCAGCUCUGAGCAGCAGUCUGUGUCCAACGUGCAGAAUCGCAAACGGCCGAACCCAUACGAUACCACACAACACAGUCCUCCUGCGAAGAGAGUCAAGUCGACCUCUGCGUUGCAAAUAGCCUCGAACUUUCCCUCUCAAUUCUGGGACAGCCUGUCAAAAGUUUGGCUUACGCCUCGAGCCCUACGAGAAAAAGACCGGCGAAACGGCGCACAACCUCCUGCUCCGGUCUCGGCAGCUAGCGUAACACCGACAACUCUCGCUCGAUUUGCAAGACGCGGUGGACCAGAUCUUGGCUAUCUUCGAGGAGUAGGUCCGAUACCAAUCAGUCCACAAAGCGAUUACUGA